AUGACCUGUGUGCCAGCUGCUAUUUCUACAUUUGUCGAAGUUGCAGGAAAAGCGUCCAGCGUUGGUUCUGCUCAAGAUACAAAUCUCAAGGCUAAUGUAUGCUUUCGGGCAGACACCGGAUACAACAGCUGCUUGACCUUCAAUAUGAAAUCACCAAAUGGAAAAAGUUCUUGUUCUUCAGAUGGUGUCUGGUGUUUUAAGGUGGUCUCUUUUAACACAGGAAGUAUUGAUUAUUCAAUCAUGUUUGCGAACCGAGAAUCUACCGUACAAUCAUCAGUUGAUCCCAAUCCUUCUUGUUCAGAUAAAGAAGUGACAGCAAUCGUAGUUGGUGACGACAGUAGACCAGGCGAUCAAGGGAAGGAGGUCACGCUGUUGGCGACAGCGGCUACGACAACAACUACCGCCACCAUCAUUCAAGAACAGUCAUUUUGUACAGGGUGUACAGAGCAUUCUCACGCGGAUAAUAAUUACUCCGUAUUUACAUAA